UCUCCUUCAGUCUCUAUGGUGCUGGUUUCCGACCGCGCUGUUCCUCGGCCACUUCCGGCGCCUCUUCCAGGGAUGCUGCGAGGGCUGGUGCCCCUUCCCAGCCGGGCCGCCCUCCUGGGCCAGGCGCCGCUGCUGGCUGCCGCUCCCUCGCGAGGCCGCAAGUCCCGCACGGACCCUCCUGCCAAGUCCAAAGCCGGCCGGAUCAAAGUGCCGCCGCCCGUCGACCCGGCCGAGCUGCUGGUGGUGACCCAGCGGUACGAGCGCUACCGCCUGGUGGUCCGGGCUCUCAGAGCCGAAUUCAGGGAGGAGAUGCUGCGACAACAGUACGAGGAGAAGUUUGGGGGAGUGGGGAGGCAGAGAAAGGAAGCUGUCGCUGAGGAGCACCGGAAGCUGAUGGCAUGGAAUGAUGCCGAGAACAAGCGUCUGCAGGAACUGAGAGAGCAAAUGCAGUGCGCCUUCUGUGUCGCAACCUCAGGAAGGAGCGCCUCCGAAAGGAAGCAGCAGAAGAAGAAGAGCGCCGCUCGAAAGAGGCCCAAUACCAGGCUGCCCGCAUGGAGGAGUUUCUUAAGGAGAAGGAGAAAGAAGUCCUCCAGCUGCAAGAAGAAGCCAAGACCUUCAUCACCCCUGAAAACCUGGAGGAGCGGAUCGAGGAGUGCCUGAACAAUCCACGCAACUACAAUUUUGCUAUCGACAAGGAAGGGAGGGUGGCCAGCCGGAGCGUCUUGCCUUAGAGGGGCUGAUAGGAGGACUUGGCUUUCUAGAGUAAACCCUGCCAGAGAGUUGCCUGUCGCUUCCUUUUCAGUCCAGCCACCAGGCUCACUUUGAGUGAACAAGGAAUUUAUGGGUUUGGUAGUGCCAAUAAGGCUGCCCUGUUAAGACUGAGUAGCUUCCGCCUUGUCAAGGUUGCCAGGAUCCAAGGGGUAUACUCGUGGGUAAAAUGGGCCAUAACCCAAAGUUUGGCUGAAAAUCAGCCAAAUCUGGCAACCCCCACUUCUGGGACUUGGCAGCUUCUCCUAAACAUCAGUUGCUUCUGGUUGUCAGGAAUAAAGGAAUGGGUUUUUGUUUAGA